AGGCUGCCCAGAAUAUUCAAGAAAGCUCCGUGGGGACACGCUCGUUCCGCGCAAGUGAUCACCCUUGAUACCCGACGUCUCGCGUUGCAGCCCAAUAACCUUGUACUCCGAGUCGUAAAGUACACAGGGAGCAACCAUACAGUCUGGGGUGCGACGAAGUUGACGUCGGGUGGAAUCAGCGGGUCUACCAUGACCUAUCGGCCGCUCUACGUUCGUCUCGAAAUCCCUGUUGCUCUGGCAGCCCAUAUUCCGACAAACAUGUGUCACAGCGCCUUGUUUCUAGCACCCCUGAACCUUGUUCACCGUUCUGUCGUUCUGUUGGGACUCGCUGCGCCCAAGGAUACUAGGAUUUGGUCACCAUCUAGGCACGAACGAAACUUACCACUGUUUGCGCCCCGCAGAGCCGUCGGCACCUCCGUAGGCGCACUCGGCACUCGGUCCUUUCCCAACAACCUCCGUCCCGCUAGGCACACCUAGCCACGUUUUCGACGAGCGACAGCGAUCGAAUGGCUAGAUCUGCGCGCACUCAUAAGCUUGUUAUUGGCGCUCCCUAUGAUAGCGGGACCAGCAGCACGUGUGGGAAGGGCACGAUGAUACGGACUGCCGAUGUCAGUGCAAUUCAAUCCAAGUGAGC